GCGCCCUUCCCCUCACGGCGGGCCCCGGAUGCAGCCGCAGGGGGGCGGGCGGCGGAGAAAUGCGUUCGGGGCCGGCUUGGCCCAGCGGAGGCGCCGUAGCGGCGGCGGGGCCUGGCUUCCGCGGGGAGGCGCGGGCGGCGGCGGGCAGGAUGUUGGUGUUAGUAUUAGGAGAUCUUCACAUUCCACAUCGAUGCAACAGCCUCCCAGCCAAAUUCAAAAAGCUGCUGGUUCCAGGAAAGAUCCAACACAUUCUCUGCACGGGAAACCUCUGCACCAAGGACACUUAUGACUACCUCAAGACUCUGGCUGGGGAUGUUCAUGUUGUCAGAGGGGACUUUGAUGAGAACCUGAAUUAUCCUGAACAGAAAGUUGUAACUGUUGGACAGUUCAAAAUUGGGCUGAUUCACGGCCAUCAGGUCAUUCCUUGGGGUGAUAUGGCAAGCCUGGCACUGCUACAAAGGCAGUUUGAUGUGGACAUCCUCAUUUCAGGACAUACACACAAAUUUGAGGCAUUUGAACAUGAAAACAAAUUCUAUAUCAACCCAGGAUCAGCUACAGGAGCUUAUCAUGCCUUAGAAAACAAUAUCAUUCCUUCAUUUGUGCUGAUGGAUAUCCAGGCUUCUACAGUAGUUACGUAUGUCUAUCAACUAAUUGGAGAUGAUGUGAAAGUAGAAAGAAUUGAGUACAAAAAAUCUUAAAAUAUAUUUGCUUGUCUGGCAUUUUUACCAUCUCAUUCUGGAACUGCAAGUUACUACAAUACUUGAUUGUUAGUUUACAGUACUACUUCACUUACUUGCUAACAGCUUAACAAUGUAGCUUCUUGGUAAUAACUUUAAAACAACAUUGUGUUUGCUUAUUUUCUCUGUAUGAAUUGAUUUGUAAAAUACGCCAUUAAAAUAACUGUUUAAAUACUGUUCCUUAAUGUUAUAAUAAACUUCACUUCAUAGAAAAA